CUCUAAUAAGUAAAAAGGUAAUAAAGAGCUAGCUAGCUAGUACUUUCCUCCUUGUUCCCUUUUUCAUUCCAUUCCAUUCCCUUCCUCCCUUCCCCCCUUCCCCCUUCUCCCUUCUUUUCUUUAAACUUUCGCUUCAAAACUGUCCUGUCUUCCCGUCUCCCAUCUCCCAUCUCCCAUCUCCCAUCUCCCAUCUCCCAUCUCCCAUCUCCCAUCUCCCAUCUCCCAUCUCCCAUCUUCCCGUCUUCCCGUCUUCAAAUCGCAAAAUAGUAUCAAUAUCAUCAAUCUUACAUAUGAUACAGUCUUCCAAAGACAACAAUUGGACGAGACAAAGGGAAUCUAUUAAUUAUUUAUAAAUCAUUUACACCGAUCACGUAUAUCAUUCGUCAAUACGUCUUAACUUUAAUUACGUCACAUAAUUGUACGACCUGAGCUUUUGCUCCGGCAAAUCUGCAACUUGGUGGAUUGUUUUUCAUCAGAAAUCAGAAAUUUUGGGGAUAGAAUAUUCCAAGGUGUGCCAUCAAUCCCCAAUUCCCUCCUUCCAUUCAUUCCAAGAUUUUCUAUAUUACGCUCCUGCCUUGUUCCAACCACUUCACCCACGUUCCUACCCGAAAGGAUAUAAACCAAGCAAAUCCGGUCCCAAAGAUCAAAAAAAGACAACCGUCGGAUUGGGAACGAGAUACUUUGUUGUCUGUUGUUAUCCAUUCUGCCAAAAUUGAUUUGAGAGAUUUUUGAGAGCCAUUCAAAGUUUCACAAACACAAUACUACCCCUCCAUUCACAUAUUUCUCCGCCUAAAAAAAGAAUCCAUCUGCCAUACGGCUCCUCUUUUACCCAAAGAUUCACCCUGUUCUAAACCUAUUGAUGCCCGUUUCUUCUAUAAAUACCUUCAAUACGAUUCCCAAAUAAACUUUUACUUAUCAUUCAUCAUGGCAGAGAAUUCGAGAGAUUCGCCAAGCUCAGGCUUCACCGAGUCAUCAGCAGCAGCAGCAGCUACCCCUCCACCACAAAGACCAGCGGUUCUCAAGAAACAGAUUACUCGACACCCAGCUUUAAGUCCGUCGAUUACGAACGUUCCAGUGACGCCGGGUGGUUAUUUGGGGGCGUACGAAACGAUUCAAGCAGAAGAUAAAUCCAUCGAGAUCGACGAGCAAAACUAUUUUAUCCAAGGCUUCAACCAAUCUUCUAUCAUGGCAAAAUCUCCAUCCGAUGCCGAGACGGGCACAUUAUCAAAUCAAGAAGUUCUUCGCAGAAUGAGUCUAGCUCCUGGUCGCGAGAGACAAAAUUCCUUAUCGGAUCUUGAUCCACGCGCGGCGCAUCCUUCGUUGAAUUUGACUGGAGGCAUCAUUUCUGCGACAUUUUGCAUACAGCAAUCUUUGAUGUACAGAAAAGGCUCAGAUUGGACAUGGUCGCAAAGACAUGGUGGUUCCUCGCAAUUCGACUCUUUCAGAUAUCUCGCAUCGGAAAAAUCGCCAUGGCAUCAUACACUAGUUGGCUGGACGGGAGAAAUCAACCCGAUUGAGGAUCUUACUCCUCCAGAUACUCCUCCUCUUGGAGGUCAUCCUAUACAAUCGCAACCUCCACAAAAUAGAGUUCCUUUCAAUAAGUGCUCUGCGCCAAUCCCGGUUGAUGGCGUUACUAUGCCUCCAACACCACCAGAAACCGAUGGAUUAUUUGUUACAAGUGAAGAUAGGCAACGACUGGAAAGACAACUGGCAAAUCAAUCACAUGGAAAGAUCGUCCCGGUUUGGUUAUGUGAUGACGCAGAUACUAGUGAGGACGGAAGUGUUUGUUUGAAAGAUCAAUCAAGAUGGAGAAGAUUCGCCGAGCAUGAAUUAUAUACUUUAUUCCAUUACAAACAACACGAGCCUACGAACGGCCGACAAGAACGACAAUCCUGGGCGGAUUAUUAUCGCAUGAAUCAAAAAUUCGCAAAUCGAAUCCUCGAAAUUUACAAACCGGGCGACAUUGUUAUGGUUCACGAUUAUCAUCUCUUACUGCUUCCCAGCAUGUUGAGACAACGCGUUCCACACAUGAGCAUUGUCUUCUAUCUACAUAUCCCAUUCCCCAGUAGCGAGUUUCUUCGUUGUUUACCGAGAAGAAAGGAGAUAUUGGAGGGUGUGUUGAGCGCAAAUUUGGUCGGAUUACAAUCAUUCAGUUAUACACGUCACUUUAAUUCCUGUUGUACUCGUAUUCUAGGAUUUCCAUCUACGAGCGCAGGUGUCGAAGCAUAUGGUGCGAGAUGUGAUGUGGCGGCUUUCCCCAUUGGAAUUGAUGCGCGAAAUGUUGAAAAGCUCGCUUUUGAUGAUCCUGCUGUUGAUGAAAAGGUUGCUGCACUGAAGAAGUUGUAUGCGGGCAAAAAAAUCAUUGUCGGUAGAGAUCGUCUUGAUAGUGUUAGAGGUGUUGCACAAAAGCUCAUGGCCUUUGAACGCUUCUUGGAGAAUUUCCCGGAAUGGCGUGAGAAGGUCGUUUUGGUGCAAGUCACAAGUCCAACCAGUGUUGAAGAAGAAAGAGAGGAUUCUGGAAAUAAGAUUGCAGCCAAUGUUGCCGAACUUGUUGCGAGAAUCAAUGGUCUAUACGGAUCUUUGAGCUUUUCACCCGUCCAACAUUAUCCUCAAUAUCUCUCCCAAGAAGAGUAUCUCGCUCUUCUUCGUGUUGCAGAUGUUGGUUUGAUCACGAGUGUCCGUGAUGGCAUGAACACAACAAGUUUGGAGUACGUGGUUUGUCAAAAAGAGAAUCAUGGUCCUUUGAUUAUCUCCGAAUUCUCUGGAUCGGCUGCUGUCUUGGAUGCAGCCAUCCACAUUAAUCCGUGGGAUUUCAAUACCGUUGCCGAAAAUAUUCGACUUGCUUUGGAACUGCCCCCGGCCAAAAAAGCAGAACUUCAUGAAAAGUUGUCCGAGUACAUUUUCAGUAAUGACAUCACAACCUGGACGAAGAGUCUCAUUCGAACAUUGAUCACCAAAAUCAGUUCCAACAGUCAUGCAUUUGCAACACCCCUUUUGGAUAAGACUUCUUUGUUGGCCCAAUACAAAGCUGCCAAUAAGAGAUUGUUCAUGUUCGAUUAUGAUGGUACUCUUACUCCGAUUGUUAGAGAUCCUGCGGCAGCUUUACCUUCUGAUAAGCUAUACCGAACCCUGAAAGCACUCGCCUCCGAUCCUAAGAAUGCCAUUUGGAUUAUCAGUGGUAGAGAUCAAGAAUUCUUGGGACAACAUCUAGGACAUAUUCCAGAGUUAGGAUUCAGUGCUGAACAUGGUAGCUUUAUGCGAAAUCCAGGUAGCCAAGAAUGGGAAAAUCUUGCUGAACAAUUCGAUAUGGGUUGGCAAAAGGAAGUUAUGGAAUGUUUCCAGAAAUAUACUGAGAAAACUCCAGGCUCUUUCAUUGAACGCAAACGUUGCGCUUUAACAUGGCAUUACCGUCCUUCAAACCCAGAACUUGGUGAACAGAUGUCUCGCGAAUGUCAAAAAGAACUCAUGGCCACUGUUGGUAAGGCUUGGGACGUCGAAGUCAUGACUGGUAAAGCAAAUCUUGAAGUUCGUCCUACUUUCAUCAACAAGGGAUCGAUCGCCAAACGCCUCGUUGAUGCUUACGGUAAAGAAGUGGGACAAGCUCCUGAAUUCACAUUCUGUGCGGGUGAUGAUACGACAGAUGAAGAUAUGUUUAGAUCUUUGAACAACAGUGAAUUGGAUGUAAACCAUGUUUUCACCGUUACUGUGGGCGCAUCAAGUAAACCAACAUUGGCUAAAUGGCACCUUUUGGAACCAUCGGAUGUUAUUAGUAGUAUUGCACUUCUUGGUGGAGGUGACACAAAUGUAGCUGAUUUGGGACCGGUUAGUGUCAUUGAGGGGAAAGUUCGAGAGGAUAUGAUGGGAAAGUUGGAGGCAUCGGACAUGAUUCCUGGAGCACCUAGCACGGGUGAAGCAAGAUAGGUUGUCUUGUCAGGUGCAAGGGAAGGAUUGUUAGGUUUGAAUCUUUUUGAGGUAUGGGCAUAGCGUCGGAUGGGAUAGGUCUUGGAAGGAAUUAUGAAUAGUUAGAAGGAUUAUGAAAUGAUUGAUAGGUUGAUUCGGGGUAGAUUUGGCAAGUAGGGAUACAUGGACAUAGGAUAGGAUAGAGCGUUGUGUUCAAAUUCGAUUUGAUGCGCUGUGAAUAGGGUGAAGGGAUUUUUGAACAUGCGAAUACCGAAUAGAAUAAGUAGAUGAUCUCAGAUUAUGUUUGUGCGAAUGUAUAGGUUGAUGCAAUGAUGAGGAAUUUUUCAAUUAUUUAAGUAAAUAACAAGUAUCUGAAU